AUGAAUAAUGGAUUGGUGAAUUUCUGUAAAAAAAAAAACAGUGGAACUUAUGACUCCCUGGAGUUAUUGUUCAGAGCCUACAUUAUGAACGAUACAGGAUGUGGAUAUGGUUCUCCACAAAUCCAACGGACGUAUCUAAUUCCACUUGCUGAACAGUUUGUAAAGAUUUCUGUUGACUCUUCAUCUGUGGAUGAGUUUUCAGACUACAUAAUUCGAGACAAGUCAACAAGUUGUAAUAGAUCUAAUAUGAAGUCAUGGCGCAAAGAUGCUUGCAAAGCAUUAAGACUAGUGAAUACUCGUACGAUGAUCAGUCCUGUUCCAAAAGAUUCACCCAUCAUGGCUGACGAAUCUGAGUUUCCUAAAUUAGAUAUGUCAGUAGAUUUAGACAGAAAGCUUCCACGUAAACGUUCCAGGACGAACUUGGAAUCAACAACUGAAUCUAUUUCUGCUCGAUGUGUUUCUUCCACGUUAUCGGAUAUCAGACACACAGUUCCAGCGGAUUUACGAAGGCAAAUAAAAGGCUUUCUCGCAUGCCAUCUACUUUCCGAUAUAGGAUUACCGGUUUGGCCAUCCUUGUUGAUUAAUGGUCCCCCAUUUUGUGGCAAAACUACAUUGAUUGAAGCAGCAUGUGGAACUCUAGGUUUAAAAAUCAUCACUGUUUCGGUUGGUACAGUACCAUCAUCUAUACGUCCUUGGAUGGAUAUAUUCAACCAAGCUAAGUAUGGAGAACAUUCCUCCCCUGUUGGGACGUUCCGUCUCACCUGCCUUCUAAAAAGUCAAUUGCUUAAAGAUAUGAUCAACUCAGGUGUUGUACUUAUUGGGGAAACUCGAUCUCUUCUUGCCAGCCUACCUCAAAAUAUAUUAGAUUUGUUUACACAGAAGUUGACAUUUGGAAUGUUAAAUGAGGCUCAUCGUUUGAGAUUGUUGCAGCAGUACUUGUUAGAUGAUACUGAUUUUAUUAUUUCACCGAAACCAGUAAGUUCUAAUUCCAAUCAACUACAACUCAGUGAAAACCUAACAUGUCUUGAAUUAGCCCGUCGAACACCUGGUUAUGAAAUCGGAGAUUUAAUUCGUCUGGUAGCCUAUUUAAAAAUGGCUUGUUAA